UGAGGGUUUCGUGGUGUGGGCGGGCAAAACAGUGUGUGCUCAGUUGCUAUAGGAGAUCUUAUUUCACGGAAGAGGUUCCUCAGCAUGUAACGUUGCAGACAGGCAGAUGGGGAAGCUGGGAACACUCGCAACAGAACGGGGAGCAUUGUAACUGCGCAGUGCCUGUGGGGAUAAGGGGCAGGCAGAGCAGCAACAUUUUUGUCCGUUUUUUAGAACUGAGAUACCCGGCCAGAUAGUUUCAAAACCGGACUGUAGCUAGAAAAACCUGGGUGGCAACUCUAGCUAUAGCUCUGGCAAAUGAUUUGUGAUUCUGAGGGGCGGGUUUCCGGUAUGUGAAUGUCAUUCAUUUAGCGCUUCCGGGGAGAAUGGUGUCUCUGUGACCUGCCACAACUUGACAGGAUCUGAAACGCAAAACCAUCCAGAGAUGAUUACUUUUAAAAGGGGCUGGCACCUAUGGAAACACUGGAGGGCCUUUCAUUCCCACAGCAACUCUGGAACAUUGUUCUGUCAGAACAGAACAACUGAUAAAAACACCCAUGCUACACGAGUGGUGGACCUGUCUUAUGAUCUGUAUGAUGGAAGUGUUCUUGGUCCCCCUCUGGUGUUACUUCAUGGGCUGUUUGGCAGCAAAUCUAACUUUCAGACAAUUGCUCGAGCUUUGGUGCGCAAGACAGGCAGAAAGGUGUUAACUCUGGAUGCCCGCAACCAUGGCUGUAGCCCUCAUGAUGACAUUAUGACCUACCCUGCAAUGAGUGCUGAUGUAUGCCAGAUCCUGCACCAGCUUCAGAUCACUAACUGCGUUCUUAUUGGGCAUAGCAUGGGAGGCAAGACUGCAAUGACUGUGGCACUGCAGGAACCUAAGCUUGUGGAGCGUUUAGUAUCAGUGGACAUAAGUCCUGCACCAACUGUUCCUCAGACUGGCUUCCCACAUUACAUAGCGGCCAUGCAGAAAGUACAUUUUGAAGAGAAGAUGCCUCGUUCCACAGCCAGAAGACUGGCAGAUGAGCAGCUGAGUUCUACAGUAAAGGAAGCUUCAAUUCGCCAGUUCCUACUCACUAAUUUGGUGCAAGAGAAUGGAACGUUCAAAUGGAGAGUGAAUUUGGAAGUCAUAAGUCGCCAUUUGCAGGAUCUCUUAGAUUUCCCAGAAUUUCAGGAGCCUUAUCCUGGACCCGUCCUAUUUCUGGGAGGAGCAAAUUCUCCUUAUAUCAGCUCAGAGAAUUAUCCUGAAAUAGAGAGACUCUUCCCCUUUGCCAAUGUUGAGUAUAUUUUUGGAGCAGGGCACUGGGUACAUGCUGACAAAACCCAUGACUUCCUCAAUGCUAUCUGUAACUUCGUGGAGUCAGCCUGAGCUACCUGGGAAAAUGUGCCAUCAAAACACAAGGAGAAGUGAUACAGGGAACCGCUGCCAUGUUUCUUUAGGAAAAAGCAUCAUUCAGUGGGAAUGUUUGUCUGAUGCUUGAACUAAUGAGGGAAUUGGAAGACGGAUUGACGAACUGUAUGAGAGAAUAAAAAGCAAACUUUGCCUUGAUGAAAGAGCAUUAAGCUACCUCAAACAUA